UACCUCUCACUGAACGAGAGAGAUUAAAAAAAAACAUAUUGUGACGACAUUGUGCAAUUCUCCAUUUUUACGAGGAUCAUUAUGGAUUGUGCGGGCAGUUAAUUUAAUAGUGAAAACAAUCAAGAAUUCAUGACAACAUAACCUGGGGGAUUAGAUACACUCUCCGUUGUUUAGUCAUAGCUUGAGAUUUUGUUUACUUUAAUUGUUGAGUGUCAUGUGUUUACUGUUUCCAAAGAGUUAAUCCUCUUUACUGCUUGGAGCAUUUCAUUUUUUUUAAUUAUUGAAAGCACUUGUUUUGUUCGCAGUAUGAUGAGAAGUAUGAAAUGUACCCAAAUAUAAAUUAUUCCAGGGGUUUUGUGGGCCAUUCGAUGAGUGGAGAAUUACAUAAUUGUUGAUGAUUGUUUCUAGGACACAUUCCAUUCAUUCAUUAUUAGUCUUAAACUUCAUUACGAAAGUUUCACAGGUCUUGAUGAUGCCACUAACAGAAUGUAUUCUUUUUAUUUUUCAUGCGCUGUUUUGGUGGAUUGAUUGCACAACUACAGCAUUGGUUACAUUGGCAUUUGCUGGUUCCAUCGGAAUGACAUUUGUCAUUCUGGGAUGCGCACUUCCUACAUAUGCAUCAUGGUGGCCAUUAUUCGUCAUUUUAUUUUACGUACUCGCACCAAUUCCAACUCUGAUAGCGCGGAAAUACACUGAAGACUCGGGUAGUAACAGUAAUCCGUGUUUGGAGUUAGCCAUAUUCAUAACAAUGGGUAUUGUUGUGUCGUCGUUUGCUCUUCCCAUCGUUUUAGCACGAGCUCCAGCUGAUGAAGGAACGAUUAAACCAGGUGCCUGUUAUUUAACCCUAGCUGGUAACGUCGUAGUGUACUCGACGCUCGUUGGUUUCUUCAUGACAUUCGAUCAAGACGACUCAGACUACAGUAUGUGGUGAAGGACUCAAGUCCAACUGUACUUACUUUUCCAUGGUAAGAUAUUGAUGACACUCGAUAAAAGAAAGCUAACUGAAGCAAACGAUAAAGACGAAUAAGAAAAAAUUUCGCCGUAAUAAUCGAGGCAUUACCGAGAUUCCACGAGUGUACUCAUACUAUUUACUCUUUCUCCUUUAUUUUGUACGAAUUAAAAACGAAAACAUUGCGCGAAAAGCACUGACUGAUGGCUACGCUUUAAUUUUUAAUUACACUAAAAAAUAGAUAACAAAUGGAUAAAUAUAAAUACCGGUGUGAAGGUUCAAUGAAAAGGAGGAAUUAUCCAAUUAUGAUUUUCUUGUACGUUAGAUCGUAAUUAGAUGUCGCAUAGUUUGUAUACGACAAUUGUCUUCACGACGAUUCAACAUUUUUUCGUUGUUCAAUUGACAUGAAGUUUAAUUUUUCGUAUACUGUACUAAUCAUGUUUACAGUUGUAUUCAGCAUUUUCUUCUCUUCUUUCAUAGUUUUUCUAAUCGAAAUCAGUGGAUUCGUAUUCAGUUGAGUGAUGGAAUAGAAAUUAGAGUGAGGAAUUAUGUAAUUGAACAGUUUUUACAGGAAUAAAUGGUGGAAUCAUGGCAACUGAUGAAGCAAAAUAAUGCAAAAUUGUAUUCAUGAAAUUAUAUCAUUUUUCUCGAUUUUCUGUGAUGAUAAGUUUUAAUAAAAAUUGAGAAACUAUUGUAUAUCUCGAAAA